AUACUGAGCAUAAAAUAAUUGUAUCGAGAGGGUUCUUUUGACCGAUCGAUUCUCAGCCCCAUAAUUGAAGAAAACUAGUAUUGGUGGUAAUUGUUGAUUAAUUAAAAGUGCUAUUAUCCCACGAAGAGGAGAUUCUUGAGAUUUAUUCAGGCUCUCUCAUCAUGACGAAGGAUGUCAGAAAACAUUCAGAUAGCAAUGAAUCGAAGAGAUCAUGUGCUGAUUCAGGUCCAGAUCCCUCAGCUCCCAUUACCAGGAGGGGAAUUUUAACUUCACUUAUGACUGGAAAACCCAUGGAAAUUCCUGAACAGGACAUUCUAGGAAAAUGCCGAUUUGUCUCAGAAUUCGAGAAACUAAAUCGAAUAGGAGAAGGUACAUACGGAAUUGUGUACCGAGCGAGAGACACAAAGACCGACAAAGUGGUUGCUUUGAAGAAGGUACGAAUGGAGCACGAGAAGGACGGACUCCCAGUGAGUGGUCUCAGAGAGAUAAGUGUUCUCCUCUCCUGUCGUCAUGAGAAUAUUGUUCAGUUGAGAGAGGUUGUAGUGGGUAGGAGUCUUGAAAGUAUUUUCCUGGCGAUGGAGUACUGUGAACAGGACUUGGCAAGCCUCUUGGAUAAUAUGCAAACCCCCUUCUCCGAGAGUCAAGUAAAAUGCAUUGUCCUGCAAGUGCUGAAGGGCCUGCGUUAUCUCCAUCGUAAUUUCAUCGUUCACAGGGACCUGAAGGUCUCGAAUUUACUUAUGACUGAUAAGGGAUGUGUGAAAAUAGCGGAUUUUGGACUUGCCAGGUGGUUUGGCCUGCCAUUGAAACCCAUGACCCCGAGGGUCGUUACGCUUUGGUAUAGGGCACCUGAACUCUUGCUCCAAGCGGAGACUCAGACUACAUCGGUCGAUAUGUGGGCUGCCGGAUGCAUCCUGGGGGAAUUGUUGGGCCAUAGGCCAUUACUCCCAGGCAGAUCGGAGAUUCAGCAGCUGGAGCUGAUUGUCGACCUCUUGGGGACCCCCUCAGAGGCCAUAUGGCCGGAAUUCAAUUCUCUUCCAGCUCUUCAGAACUUCACGUUGAAACAGCAACCCUAUAACAAUCUCAAGCAGAGAUUUCCAUGGCUGAGUGCUGCUGGAUUACGAUUGCUUAAUUUUCUGUUUAUGUAUGAUCCGAAAAAACGCGCAACCGCUGAAGAAUGCCUACAAAGCAGUUACUUUAAGGAAGCUCCACUACCUUGUGAUCCAAAGCUCAUGCCAACAUUUCCACAGCACAGAAAUAUGAAGAAGUCAAGCCAGUCGAAGGAGAUCAGAGAAUCUGAAGUACUUGUCAGUGAUCAGACGAGUAAUUUACCGGCUAUCUCUGAUUUGCUUGGAUCUUUAGUGAAGAAACGACGAGUGGAGUAGAGAUUGUAGAUGUCCAUGAUUUUCCAUUUUCAUGGUUUUUGUAACCUCGUCACGACUGAGUCCACAUGAAUAAGAUUUUAAUACUUAUUAUAAAUGGAUAGUGUUGUCAAUAAAUCGAUGUUUCAGCAAUUGAUCAGUAUAAAAUUGAAAAACUAUGUUAUGUUAAUUAACGUCUAUUCAAUUGAAAUUAAAAAAUUAUGAAAAA